AUGGGAAAAUCCAAGAAAAUUCGUAAAGGAAAAGGCGAUGACAGCAAUUCCGAAAACGAGUUGGACGCACAGGAGGAGCUAAUAGAUACAGCUAACCCUAAAAAAUCAAAAUCGGCCAAAAAUACAGCUAAAAAUGAUGAUGAUCUUGAAGGUGAUGAUUCCAAAAAACCGGAACAGAAGAAACCCAAGGGCAAAAAGGAGAGAAAAAAUAUAGAAUCUGAUGAAUCAGAGACAGAGGUGAUUGUUUCCAAAGUUAAAAAGUCAUUUGCUGUUCUACAAAUUGAUGAUGAUGAUUCUGAAAAUGAUACUAGACCUCAAUCAGAUGUAGAGAGUGAAAAUGAAUCAAAACCUGUGAAAAAAGACAAUAAAAAGAAACCCAAUGAUGAAAAGACUAGUAAAGAUCAAGGUGGCAAAAAAGGAAAGAAAAAUAGGAAGAAACAUAAUGAAAGUGAUGAAGACAUCGAAAAAGUGCUAGCAGAACUAGAAAUGGAGUACGCAGGAGUGAAAAAAGAUUCAGUACCUGAACCAUCCAAUGAAGAUAAACCACAGGAAGAAAAAGAAAAGAAAUCCAAGAAGAAGAAUAAGGAAAAAGAACCAAACAUUGAAACUACAGAAUCAAAAGAAACUCUUGAGGAAUCAGGUACAGUGAAAACAGCAGCUCAGAAGAAAAAGGAGAAGAAGGAGAGGGAAAAACAAAAGAAACUGGCUUCAAAAAAGCAGGAACCGGGAAAACAAGAGAGUGUAGAAGAAUCUUCAACUGAAGUAAAGGCUGCUGAAAUCUCAGAUGAAAAAACUAAAGGAGAAAUGGGUGAACAAUCUGAAGAUCAGGAUGCUGAUAAGAAGAAGAAAAAGAAAAAAGGAAAAGAAGAAGAAGAUAAAGAUGCUAAGAAAGGUCCUGGAAAGAAAACCAUAGCGGCUAUGCAAGAAGCCCUUAAAAAAUUGAAGGAAGAAGAAGAACGCCUUAAACAGGAAGAAGAAGAAAGAAUUCUCAGAGAGGAAGCGGCAGAAAAAGCAAGACUAGAAGCAAUUCAAUUAGAGCAAGAAAGGAAAGAGAGAAAAAAACAAAAAGAGAAGGAACGCAAAGAGAGGUUGAAGGCUGAAGGAAAAUUGCUGACGGCUAAGCAGAAAGCGGACAGGGCUAGAGCCCAGGCUAUGAUAGACAGCUUGAAGGCACAGGGUGUGGAAUUACCCGACGUAGGGGAGAGGAAACCUAGGCCUGGCACCAGGGUGCGAAUGGGCAAACAGAAAAAAGAACAACCACCUGUACCACAACCGGAAGAAGAAACCAAACAGGAAGAACCCAUCACGGUUAACCUAGAAGUAGUAGAACCGCCUGCGGCAGACCAAAUAGAAGAAAAACCAGAGUCAGAAGAAGAUGUCAAAGACGCCUGGGACGCAUCUUCAUCCUCGGAAGACGAAUCCGAAGAGACUGUUCCUGAUACCAAGAAAGCCGAGACGAAAUCUCGAAGUGCCGAUGAUAAGGGAGACGAGGAUGAUGAGGAGGAUGAAAGCAGUAGUGAGGAGGACGAUAGCGAAUCUGAGGAGGAAGAUAGCGAUUCGGAGUCUGAGGAGGAGGAAGAUGGCAGGAGUCAGGCUGAGAAGGCAAGGGACAGGGCUGUACAAAGGAUAAAGGCUAGAAAAGAGGAGGCCGAAAAGAACAGAGACCCUGAAAAUUUAAGGGCAGCUAUUGUAUGUGUAUUAGGACACGUCGAUACAGGGAAAACCAAGAUUCUGGACAAAUUGAGAAGGACCAAUGUGCAAGAUGGUGAAGCUGGUGGAAUAACUCAACAAAUUGGUGCUACAAACGUCCCUAUUGACGCUAUCAGAGAACAGAUCAAAAUUGUCAGAGAGUUUUCGCAAAUGGAAACCAAACUACCGGGUCUCCUCAUCAUCGACACCCCUGGGCACGAAUCAUUUUCUAAUCUCCGAAACAGGGGUUCCUCCCUAUGUGAUAUCGCCAUUUUGGUUGUCGACAUUAUGCACGGCUUAGAGCCCCAAACCAUAGAGUCCAUCGACAUACUCAAGAGCAGGAAAACGCCAUUUUUAGUAGCUUUAAACAAAAUUGACAGAUUGUAUGAUUGGCAGACCAUGAGCAGAAAAGAUGUGCGGGACAUCUUGAAAGCCCAAGCGAGGAAUACGCAAUUGGAAUUUGAGAAGAGGACCAAGGAGGUUAUUGUGCAAUUUGCUGAACAAGGUCUGAACGCCGCCCUGUUCUACGAGAACCCCGACCACCGGUCGUACGUCUCUUUGGUGCCGACCAGCGCCAUCACGGGCGAGGGUAUGGGCAACCUGCUCGCCCUGAUCGUCGACUACUGCCAAACGAAGCUGCCCAAGCGGCUAAUGUACUCCGACGAGCUGCAGGCCACCGUCCUCGAGGUGAAGGCGAUUCCUGGUUUGGGUACCACCAUCGACGUCAUCUUGGUGAACGGGACACUCAGAGAGGGAGAGACUAUGCUGUGUGCAGGUACAGACGGCCCUAUAGUCACUCAAAUACGGUCGCUGCUCAUGCCUCAGCCCAUGAAGGAACUGAGAGUCAAGAACGCCUACAUCGAGUACAAGGAGAUCAAGGCGGCGCAAGGCGUCAAGAUAGCCGCCAAAGAACUGGAGAAGGCGAUCGCCGGGCUGAAUCUGUUCGUCGCCCGCAAACCGGACGAGGUGGACCUGCUGAAGGAGGACGUGGCCAGAGAGCUGAGGUCGGCGCUGUCCAACAUCAAGUUGGCCGAGCGCGGCGUGUUCGUGCAAGCGUCGACGCUGGGCUCGCUCGAGGCGCUGCUGGAGUUCUUGAAGACCAGCAAGAUACCGUAUUGUGGGAUAAGAAUCGGCCCAGUAGUAAAGAAAGACGUGAUGAAGGCUUCUAUCAUGCUGGAACAUGAGAGCCAGUACGCCACCAUCUUGGCAUUCGACGUCAAAAUCGAACGGGACGCCCAAGAGUUGGCCGACACACUCGGCGUGAAAAUCUUCCAGGCCGACAUCAUCUACCACCUGUUCGACAAGUUCAUGGCCUACCGCGAGGAGUUGAAGCAGCGUAAGCGGGAGGAGUUCAAGCACGUGGCCGUGUUCCCGUGCAAGAUGAAGAUUUUGCCGCAGUACGUGUUCAAUUCGAGGGACCCGAUAGUGGCAGGAGUGAUGAUCGAGGCGGGUAUUGUGCGAGAGGGCACUCCGAUCUGCGUGCCCAGCAAAGAGUUCCUGGAUAUAGGUAUAGUGACGAGUAUAGAGAAUAACCACAAAAAUGUAGACAGUGCCAGGAAAGGAAUGGAAGUCUGCAUCAAGAUCGAACCUGUACCUGGUGAAUCUCCCAAAAUGUUUGGUAGACAUUUUGACGAGACGGACUUCCUUAUCAGUAAGAUAUCAAGACAGUCCAUUGACGCUUGCAAAGACUAUUUCAGAGAUGACCUUCAAAAAACUGACUGGCAACUGAUGGUGGAACUGAAGAAACUUUUCGAGAUUCUGUAG